AUGGGAUGUAGGCAAAGCUCUGAGGAGAAAGAGGCAGCGCGGCGGUCCCGUAGGAUUGACCGCCACCUGCGCUCUGAGAGUCAGCGGCAACGACGUGAGAUCAAGCUUUUACUUCUUGGCACUAGUAAUUCUGGCAAAAGCACCAUCGUCAAGCAGAUGAAAAUUAUCCACAGUGGUGGCUUUAAUUUAGAAGCUUGCAAGGAGUACAAGCCUCUGAUUAUCUAUAACGCCAUUGACUCCCUCACACGUAUAAUUCGUGCUUUGGCCACCCUUAAGAUCGAGUUUCACAACCCUGACAGAGCCUAUGAUGCAGUGCAGCUUUUUGCCUUGACAGGCCCGGCUGAAAGCAAAGGUGAGAUCACGCCUGAGCUGCUUGGUGUCAUGAAAAGGCUCUGGGCUGACCCCGGCGUGCAAGAGUGUUUCUGUCGCUCCAAUGAGUACCAUCUAGAGGACAAUGCUGCCUAUUACUUGAAUGACCUGGAAAGGAUUGCUGCAUUGGACUACAUUCCUACAGUUGAAGAUAUUCUGCGCUCUCGGGACAUGACUACGGGGAUUGUGGAAAAUAAGUUUACCUUCAAAGAGCUGACUUUCAAAAUGGUGGAUGUGGGUGGGCAGAGGUCUGAGCGCAAAAAAUGGAUCCAUUGUUUUGAGGGGGUGACAGCAAUAAUUUUCUGCGUGGAGCUGAGUGGAUAUGACUUGAAGCUGUAUGAAGAUAACCAAACAAGCCGAAUGGCAGAGAGUCUUCGCCUUUUUGACUCCAUUUGCAACAACAACUGGUUUAUCAACACCUCCCUCAUCCUCUUUCUGAAUAAGAAGGAUCUGCUGGCAGAAAAAAUUCGCCGAAUCCCGCUAACAGUUUGUUUUCCUGAGUACAAAGGCCAAAACACUUAUGAGGAGGCAGCUGUCUAUAUCCAAAGGCAGUUUGAGGACUUGAAUCGCAACAAGGAGACCAAGGAGAUCUAUUCGCAUUUCACUUGUGCUACGGAUACCAGUAAUAUCCAGUUUGUUUUUGAUGCGGUGACAGAUGUCAUCAUCCAGAACAAUCUCAAGUACAUUGGCCUUUGCUAA